UCUGCACAGUGCAAUGGGUGGAGCGUAUCCAUGGGUUACCGGACGGGACAAGGGUGCAGGAGCAAGCAGAGUAACCCUCUAGACCUUUUUUAAAGGAAAGACAAGCCAACUGCUGGUCUACAUUUACUUAAUGAAGAACAAAAACACCUCUGUCCAGGUUGGCAACAGUGGCAGAUGUCUUUUCCACUAACGUACCCCGUGGACGAUAUGAUACAUGGCUGGCAUCGACUCCCCCAACCUGGGACGGUUGACCUUCGGGCCUUCCUGGACUCUGAGCAGCGGAGGAGAGAUCUGGAUGUCAGUCUGGCUCAGGUCCAAAAUGCCCUGCAGGAACAGAGGGUCAGAAUGCUCCAGAGAAUGGGCCCAGGGAGCCGACAUAAACUACCCCAGAUACUUGUUUUGAAUCUUGGGCAGAUCAAUCGACCAGUAAACCUCCAUCCUAGUCUGUUAUCAGAGAACAUCUACAUCCCACCAUAUGGUGACCUUUACACAAGAGUGGGCAGGCUAGAGAUUGACUCAGAGAUCAUUAGCGCCCAACUGGACCAGGUUCUCUGUUCUAGGGGAAGGUGUCUCUACAGGAAUGGACCCUCACCCCAACAGGACAGCUUGACUCCUUGUCAGAGGGAGGACCAUAGUAUGACCUCUCAGCUUAUUGCUCAAGCAGUGGACAAAGGACAACUUCUGAAAGAGCGAGACAACCUUGAGCGUCUGCUGGAGGAAUCCAGGGCCCAGCAGCAGCUGAUGGAGCAGAAGAGGGAGGCCCAGAUAGCAGCCCUUCACUCCCAGCUGUACCAGGCACGCUCCAGCCUCCAGGAGACCCACAGAGAGACACUGGCCACACAGGCAGAGCUACAUGGCAGCAAGCAGAUAAAUGAGUCCCUGCUACAGGAGGUGGCGUCUCUCAGACGGAGGCCCGGGGCUGCGGAGGAGCGGGCCUCCCUGAUGGAGAGUGACGGACGCCUGCUCAGGGCUCGCAUAGCAGCACUGGAGACUGAGCGGGAGGAGCUGCUUCAACAAGGAGACCUCGCCACAGGGAGACGACGCUCCUCAGCCUUUGGGAGCGCUUGGGAAACGGAUGUGGAAGAUUCCGAAAAGUCGGAGGGGUUGAGGGAGGAGAGUACCGCAUAUGAGAUGGGGGAAGUGGAGGAGGAGGAGAGGGUACAAGGGAAGGAUUUGUCUGUGGACUUAAGACUUAAGAUCCAUGAGGUGCCGCUCUCUAAGCCUGGCCUACAGAUAAAGGAAGAGAACCAGGACGGAGAGAAGGGGCUGGGAUUGGUCGAUCGCUGGAAUCCAUGGCAGCACGAGCCAAUAGAAGCCAAUCAAAUGACGGCGCUGGUCAUAGAGCUGCAGCAGCUGAGAACGGCCUGUGAAGAGACAUCAUCAACACUACCGGUCUCCCCCAAGGACCAGAGGGCCAGAGAGUGGAUGUGAAAGAGCUGCUCUGCUCGAGGACUGUGUGGGGGAGAUGGAUUGGGAGGGGCUGGCUUUCCUGGAGAGAGACUGUGGAGUUCUUCGGGUGGUACCUCCAGGAUCAUUGGCAAGAAGUAACCCACCACAUUCACACUGAUCCUUGACUAUGUAGGCCCACAUUUCCAUAUUCUCCACAAUCAUGUACGCUUUCUUUUACAAAAACACGUCUGUUUGCGUAUGCAAUAAAUUAUGUCUGAAUCAAAACGGCAGGAAGCGAUCCGCUGAGGCCCUGCGUAUUAAAUUGUGGUCUCAAGUA